AUGUUUUCGGGUGCAUCGAACAGAUCAGAUAAUCAGGAGGAGAAAAAACCGUUGUUGAGUCAAACUAGUAAGUAUGGGGUAUACUGUAGGGUACUGUAGCUAAUGGAAACAUUUCCCAAACUAUUUUUGUUCCAGAUUCCGGCGCAAUGUCAAGCAAAACUGCGCCAUCAUCUAGAACUGCACCAUCAAGUCAAACAGAACCUUCAAAUAAUUCGACCUAUAAGCCGCCAAAGAAAACGCGUGCCCCUGGUCCAAAAAUGAGUGAUGGAACAGAAUUCGACACUGGACCCUGGGGUUGGGUCUUCUCGAUUUUAUACUUAUUUUUUCUUUGGGGACUUUGCAUAGCUUUUGCAUGUGGAAUGGUUUAUCUUCAAUAUACUCGAAUGGAUCAAAAACUUCCCAAUUAUUUUGGAACUGGUUCAUUUUUGGGCAAUAUUCCGAGAGCCAAUUUUGAUCCAAAUCCAAAACAUUUCGUUGAAACACCGAAAAAUUUGAUGGAAUUCAAUAUUUAUGAUAUUAGUACAUAUAUGAAUUCGUUGAUUCGGUUGAAAAAAGUUUUGCAGCAAUACAUUUCGGAUGAAAAGCCUGGAGCUCAAAGAAAGGAAUUGUGCAGCAAAAAAGGAUUGACAAAGGAGGAGGCUUGUAAAUUUGAUAGAUAUACUGGUUUUAAUGAUUGCAAGUUUGAUUUGUAAGUUUUUGCAACUUGUUCUCAAAUGUUGUCUUCUCUUAUUUUUAGAAAAAGCCUCGAACAUGGUUUUGGAUUCAGCAAAGGUCAACCAUGUAUAAUGCUCAAAUUGAACAAAUUAAUUGGAUGGGAGCCGAAAUUUUUGAAUCGCACAACCUGUGCCGAAAAUGAUUUGUGUUGCGGUGAAGGAAUCCAAUUCGAGUGCACUUCAGAUGAUGAUUUGGAAUUUGCUUAUUAUCCAGAAAAUGGAAUUCCAGCCUGCUAUUUUCCAUAUUAUAAUCAACCGGGAUACGAACAACCAUUUGUUAUGGUUAAAAUUUCGAAUAUCACUGAAAGUAAAUUGGUUGAAAUUGAAUGUAUGCCGACGAAUAAGGAACUUCGUGAGAUUUCGGGAGAUAAACAAAAUCAAAUCAAAUUUUUCUUGAAAAUGAAGAAGGAUUCUGCAGAAUAG